GGCAAAUACAAGUAAACCUCAUCACAAUCAAAUAGGAUCUCCAACUAUAUAUUUGAAAACUACACACACUCCGAAAUAAACGACGGUUAAUACGGGCUUUUGACAUUAUUUAUAUUAAUUGGUAAACAAUUAAAGACAAAAACCAUGACAGAACCGCAAUAUAUCGCUAUGUACGCAUUGUUUGGGGCGACGGGCUUCGUUUGCGGUGCCCUUCUGCAGCAGGAGUUGUCCAUCAAGAAUCUAUUCGAUGCGGUCAAGCGGGAUCCGUAUGUGUAUCUCAAUCGUCAGAAGUUUUAUCCUGUGCUCUCAACCUUCAGCACUGAGCACGAGACUAGACUGUGGAAUCGCUCGGUUGGGCUGAAGGACAAGAUAUGCCAGUUCCUAGUCGCACCAAUAUUCAAAUAUUUUGUGCCAAAGCCGCUGGAGGAAGUGGAAGAGCCUCCCAUGCCGAAUAUGAUGGAUCUGCUCAAGUACGGCUUGCCCAGUGCCGAAAAUUUAUUGGUGCACAAGGACUAUAUAAUGUCGCGGGGCAUUGAGACGAACAGCGCCACGUGGAUAUGCGAACACUUUCGCAGCGGAUCAAUGCCAGAUGAGUCGUCCCAGUAUCUUCGAUACGACGAUGUCUUCUUGCUGAGCACGGCCGCCGCAGAUGUUGGCAGGGUGUUCACGCGGCCCAUCUGGCAGAAGCUGGAGCAGUAUGUGAAGUGGAAGGUGCAGCAGUGCGGAUCGGUGUAUGCCUACACGGGUCCCAUUUACGCACCGAAAAACAAUGCCAGCAAUAAGUGUUGGCUGGAGUACAGGCAGUGUGCAGAUACUACAGUGCCAGUGCCAGUGCCCUCGCACUACUUCAAGGUGUUGAUCGUUGAGGAGUCACAGGGGCCCAUGGCACCCGAACCCCCGACCGUGGAGCCAACCCUUGAGGCAUAUAUCAUCCGAAAUGGGUGCACAGAAACAUUUGAGAAGUUGUGCGACUAUCGUGUCAGCAUCCAAGACAUCGUAGCACAGACUGGGCUGCGGUUCAGCACGGAUCUGCAGGCGCCAAAGGUGCUUUCGAACAAUGGCAAAAUCGAGAUAGAUCUGAGCCUUGCAAGCAUAUCCGCGCCAAUGCUAAUUGAUUAAAAAAUACUCGCAUAUUUUUCUAUUUCUCUAGAGCAUUUCAUCUUCGGUGCGCCGCUGUUGGCACUCGAACUGUGGUUUUUUGUGUUAAAUAAAAUGUAUCCCAGCGUGUGGCAGGCAGAAAGCUGUCCAAAAUACUCAUGCUGACAAUAAAAUUUGA